UUCAGUGAGACACGUACUGCACUGUUGGAUGAAGAUGUUUUCUUGACAUAACUUAAAACGCGGACUUAUUCAACUUUACCGUACUGAGCUGAGAGGAGCUGGCACGCCACUGCCACCUGCUGGCUGUUAGUGUUACUGACUUCUGCCUGCAAAGUGUAAACAAACUCAGUCUGGCAGCCCUCAACAACAACAACAACAUUCCACGAGGCUCAUAAGGAUCUAAAGAUCUUCGCGGCCCUAACAACAACAACAUUCCACGGCGCCAGGCUUCCAGUUCAGUGUUUGUGCUAACAGAGGGGAGACGCAGAGCAUAGCCCCGCUCUACCAGUGUGAAGGGGCAUGAUGUCUACAUCACAGGUGUCGGCAGUGGAUAGGGAAAACUCUGCAGCUCAUUUGGGAAUCCAUGAAAAACAUCACCUUCUUGGACCUCAGAAAAAAUGGGGAGAGCAUCAAGCCAGAGGCACACCUGUCCAAAAACAUUUUGAAGGAAGCUCCACAAAUCUCCAGAAGAGUCACCGGUCAUUUGGAGAAAUAAGCAACAUUCUUGACAGGGGCAGUGAGGGCAGCCGUAGUGAAGUUCAUAAGAAAGUGCCACACCAGCCUUCAGCAUUGUCACCAUCUUCUGAAGAACCAGAACUUAUCCAAGUCUUGCCAAGAAGAGAAGAUCAUUCAGACAUCUUUCCACCCUCACUCCUCAUGUCCCAUGAUCAACUGGCAAACUUCACCUACUUUUGGAAAUCAUGUCAGAAGCCAGAUCUGCAAAGUUUACAGAUCUCUUCCUCUCCACCUCGAGAUUUAGCAAUAUUACCCAUUAUGAAUGAUGCUGAGAAGGUGAUUCCAGAGGUAGUGCCAGAAGAUCUGUUUCAUCUGCCUCCUCCUUGGGAAUGAUUUGAUUGUGUUCAAUUUUUUAGACUUAAUCAGCAAUCAAAAAGUAUACUAAAUAUACUAAAUUUUCUUGGAACUGAGAUUAUUUUUUUACUGAUAAUACUCUAAAAAAAUUGUAACCUCUCAGGUGUUCACCUAUUGAUAAAGUUAAUACAGGUCUGUGGUUCAUAUAAAGCAUUGAAACUUCCUUGCAGACUAAACUCUAUCAUUGCUAUUAUUUUUUUAUUUUAUUUUUUUUUUCAAUACAAGUUCAUAUGUUAAUCCAAAAAUAGUGUGCUUUGUCCCAUCCUACGGCUUCUGUGGGAACUUUUAUAAUUUGUUAUGGGCAACAGAAGCUAGAAGAACUCAUUGAUGAUUAUCAAGACUAGAAACUGAAUUUUAAAAAUUUUCACAGAGCUUAAUGCAGGCCAAAGAUUUGUGAUAGAGUUAAAUUGUUUACUGUACCUAAGUGUUCAAGGAACCAAACUCCUCAGAUUAUAAAGUAUGCUAAGCUGAGGCACUCUCUCUGUUGAACAAGUGCUGUUAGGCUGUAAUGUGUUUAAGAUGCAUUGCACUAUAUUUAGGAUUACUACAUUUAUUUUGAUAUGAAAUAUAAAGGUAUUUUGAAAUGUGUGUGUAUGUGUGUGUUUGUGUGUGUGUGUGUGUGUGUGUGUGUGUGUGUGUGUGUGUGUGUGUGUGUGGUAAUAUUUAUAUGAUCAUGUUUAAGUUUUUUUGUCAUAAUCAAUAAAGAAAUCAUAAUUCCCUUUAAUAUGAGCUGUUUACUAAUCUGUAUUUUCAUACUCAUAGAUCAAUCUAGGUUGCUGUAUUUGACCCUUCAGCCAUUCUGUAUUUCUAUCCUAAACCUUUACAUAACAAAUCUGUUAUGCAUU